AUGACACGCCCACGCGCCUGUAGGCCGCACACGAGCGUGCGACGCCCCGUGCACGAGCCGCGAGACCGUCCCGCUGAUGUUUCGCCGCUGGCUGCGCCUCGUUCGCGCUCCAACAACCACGAAGACGCAAAGCUCAAGCCCCGUCCGAGCACCGCGGCAGCGUCCAGUGCGGGUAUGCCACGACUCGAGACCGAGCACAACGAGACGCUUGGUGCGUACCUGCAGCAGCUACAAGCCGACAUUCGCUGCGUGUACCAGCUGCUCGGUGACCCGGACGCACUCUCGAACGGGCAUGCGCAUCUGCUCUUGAAGCGCCGGGACCACCUCGCCGUGCCCGACGACGUGGCCGCCAAGCUGGCGCGGUGCCAUGGCCUUGACGAAAGCACCAAGCAUGCGCUCGAGCAAAUGCUCUCGGACGGUCUCCUCCGCACGCACCACCAUCCAAGCACAUCGACGCCGGCCAGCAUCUACUUUGAGAGCUUCCUCGCCUUUGCGCGACGGGUGCAGGCGCUCAAGACAAAAGGCCUCGCGGACGACGCCGAGAAGCUCGUACUCCAGACGGCAUUGGGUGCGAAAGACGCGGCCAUCACCACCCUCGAGCAAGACAUCCUGCUCUUCAAAGACACUUUGGCCGCGGUGGCGAAAGACCACGGUGCUUCCGGUGCUGGCUGGCAAGAGGCGUUCCAGCGCGGCGCAAAGCAGAAUGCAGACGACGCGGCCAAGCUCGACGCGCUUCAAGUUGCUCAUGACCAGCUCAAGGCCGCCUACGAUGGUCUCCAAACGGACAAGACCGCCUUGCGCAGCGACCUCGAUGCGCACGCUGACGUACUUGCGCGGCUUCACGACGAGAUUGCGGCGGCCAACGCAAAAGCAAGCCGCGCAGAGACAUCUCUGCACGCGCUGGAGCAAACACACGUGGCGCUGCGAUCGCAGCUCGAGCGCGCCACGAGCGACGAAGCGGCUGCGCGCAGCUCAGGCCAAGAGGCACUCGCGUCGCUCCAAGCCGAGCUGGCGCAAGCGAAGAAGGCGGCACGGACGCUAACAGCGCAGAUGGAAGCCAACGCGGCAGCGGCCGCCACGCAGCGUGCGGCCGCCGUCACCCAAGCAACGUCCAAUCUCCAAAAAGCCCACGCAGCCCGUCUCGACGCUAUACGCGCCGAGUGGACGGCCGAGUGCUCGGCCAUCAACGCCACGCAGGCUCGAGAGCUGCGUGCACUGGAGGCAGCGCAUGCCAAGGACAUCGAUGCCAUGGCCGUCCGGCACCGCGAGAUGGAAGCCCAGCUCGCAGCUGCGGCCAAGCACGCUGCUGUGGUCCACGAAGACGCACUGGCCAAGUGGCGGCACACGACCGAGCGUCAAGUCGACGAGAUCAACGAUCUCCGAAAUCAGCUCGAAACGAUGCGAAGAGAGCUCGUGGCGCUGCAAGUAUCGACGUCCGAGAGCCACGUGCGGGCCCACGUGCACCACGAAGUCGAGGGCGUCUACUUGGCCAAAGUCGCCUCGCUGGAAGCCGCCCUCGCCCAAGCCGGCGCCGCGUGCCAGGCUGCGCACGACCAAGGCGACCUCGCGCUCGCCCACGAGAAGGAGCUCCAUGCCCACGCUUUAGCGACUGCGAAAGCGAUUUCGGACGAGCUCGAGACCGCCAACUUGUGCUUGGCCGAGCGGAAGCGGCAGCGCGAUGCGGACCAGCGCGCGUUUGAAGAGCGGGAGGCGCGCGCGGCGCGAUCCAUUGCGCAAUUGACGCAGGAAGUUACGCUGCUGCGCAGCCACGUGAACGACAAGGCGCACGUUGUGUGGAAGCAGCGGGUCGCCGAGGCCGAGGCGGCGGCCGCGCAGUGGCAAACCAAGCACGAGGAGACGCUCAAAGCUCUGCACAUGGCGCAGGCGAGCGCCGAUAUCGGCGGCUUCCACCGGCGCGAGAUGGAAGCGGCUAUGCGCGAGCGCGACGAGGCGCUCGACCACCUCGUGCGCGUCACCAAAGAGCGUGACGACGUGUCGGCGACGGUCGUGACGUUGCGGAAGCAAAUCGACGCGCUGACAGCGACGCUGCACGACGCCCGCACCACGGUCGUCCAGCUUCGGUCCGAGCUCUCGGGCAUGGAGCACUUGCUGACGCAGGAGAAGCGAGCCCACGACCAGCAGCAGCGGGACCUCGAUGUCGAGACGCAGCGUAUCAUGGAAGAAAAGCAGCUUGUGAAGCAAGUGGUCACAGCCAUGAACGAGCGCUUGGCCCUCGGUGUGCGCUCGGAAGAUGCGACCAAGUGGGCCGGCGUUGUCGACGCGUGCGCUGCCGUCGACUGGCAGCUCCGGCACAUGAAGGACCGCCUCGAGGAGCUCGCAGGCUGCAAGCCCCGGCGACCGACCACGCCCUUCUCGGAUGCGAUCGCGGCCGGGCAGAAGACCGCGCCGGUCGUCCAGCAGCUCCAGGCUGUGCCCGAUACAGACACGUACGCCAUGGCGCUGACAAGAGAGAUGCAGGCGAUGAAGGCCACGUACGAAGGUCGCAUCCGGGACCUGCAAGACGAGCUCAAGGCCGCUCGGGGCGACCGCGCGCGGCAAGAGCUCCAGGAAGAGAAAGCCCGCUACGUUGCCGCCGUACGUACCUGUUGAACGUCGUA